UCAAACAUGUAAAAUUUGUAGUACGUUUAAUAAAAUGGUAAAUCUGAACGUAAAGACCAAGCAUAUAUGGGUAUGGGAGAACCGCAACCCCAUAAACUGCGCUGGUGUAUGGGUCCGUCCCAGGGAGCUCCGGACCAUGGAUCUACUGUGCGAAUACGUUCAACAGAAACUUAAAUUAAACAAAGCCGUUUACGGACUGAUAAACCUCCAGACCAAAGAGAAAGUGAAAACGAUUGAGGACAUAGAAGACGACGGCCGAUACAUCGCCUCCGAUACGAGAGAUUUAAACGUGAUUUUGGACAUCAAGUACCUAACCAUGGAAGAGAUAGCCAAACUAAGACAACCGAAGGCUUGUUACUUGUACGAACAGGGCGACUCGGACUACAAAGCCCACAAGUUCCUCAACGAGACGAAGCGUUUGCAGAAGACGAUCAUUUUCGUCUUCCUCAACGGCCACGAGAAGCAACGCGGCCAAAAGAUCGUGCUGACCAGGGAGGACCUGGAUGGGAGGUGGCAGAUCAUUUUGAACUACGUGUCGCAUUUGUUGGGCGUCUAUCCGUGCGACAUUGAGGCGUUGUACACCGUUGAUGGGAAGAAGGUUUGUGGUGCUUACGAUCUGCAACAUGGGUCGGCGUACGUUGCUGUUAGGUGCCAGGAGAAGUUUCAGAAACUGAAUUAUAUUGAGAUAUAUGACACGUAUUUUCCAAAAAUGUCUAGCUUUGAAGUUGGAAUAAAAGCUGUGAGUUCUCCAGCAAAUUUGUUAGUCCGUAAAAGGCCUUCCUUCCUUUGUAAAAGAAAAUGUAUUGUGGGCCACAAGAGACGAGUGAAUCCAUCCACUGAGAAAAAUGGAUGCCAUUUUAAUCCAAAGAGAAAAUCAACCAUUUCUAAAACAGUUUCAGGUCCAAGAAGGACACGAUCAGAACUAACUGCCAAUCAGGUUAAUGAACCUCCAAAGCAGGUUGCAUCUGAACCAUCUAAAGAUCGUAAACUUGUUCGUGAAGGAUCAACAAACAAAAAAAGACCUUUGGCUACAGCCUCUGAUCAACCUCAAGAAGGCGUACCUACUAAGGAAGCAAGUAUGGGAACCGAAACGGUAAUUGCAGGGAAAGUUAAAAAACCAAAAAGUGCUAAGAAAAAUGUUCCUCCUACUGCUGAAACUAAAGUUGUCCCAGCAAAAGUGGAUGAAAGCACAAUUACAACAAAUAAAUGUUUGUUAUACGAUGAAACAAUUAAUGAAAGAGGCGUAAUAAGUAGCAAACAUUUAGAAUAUAAAGAACUUUCUUCGGGAGAAACCUGCGAGUGCAAAGAUGAACAAGAAAGAAAGAAAGCUGAGUUAGAACAAGGAGGAAGUACUGAAAGAAAAACUGAUAAUACACAAACAGAGGAGGACGAUAGUGAUCUAAAAUCCAAGAAAAAAAAAGGUGAGAAAGGAGAAAAGGCUAAAGAAGAAGAGAAGAAAGCAAAGUCCAAAAGCAAGAAAAAAAAAGGUGGAAAAUCUGGUUCAAAAAAGCGAUCUAAGUCAGGAAAGAGUACUAAAAGUAAAAAGGGGAAAUCAGGCAAAAAAACGAAAGGAAAAAAAAAGACAGGAAAAGAUGAUGACAAAGAAAAAGCAUCUUCAGGUGUUGACACCGAAAAAGAUUCCGGAGGAAAAUUUAAAGAUGUUGGUCAGUCACCUGAUAUUUGUGAAGCAGAAUGCAGCACAAAUCUGCCACUUUGUCCUGCCAGCAUACCAGUGCCGCCUUGUCCGGCCAGCAUGCCAGUUUCACCGUGUCCUCACACCAUGCCCCUUCCACGUUGUCCUGUCACAAUGCCAGUACCACCUUGUCCUGCCAACAUUCCAGAUAAACCUUGUCCUUCAGCCAUUGUGCCAUACAUUCCACAAACCUCUAUGGAUUCCAAAAUCUGUCCCCGACGUUUCCAACCUAAUGAAGAAACUUCUAUGGAUGCCAACGCCUGUCCUCGACGUAAUCAACCUGUCGAAGUUUCAAUGUUUAACGCAUCUAAUGCACCCUGUAAAGGCAAAACAGCCCCCUCUACUUCACGACAGCCAGAAAGUAUUGGUGGUUGCAUGUUUUCAAAAAACUCCAUCAUCAUUAGGAUCCACUCAGUAGGGCCAACUCAACAGAGUCCAGUUCAUAAUACUAACGAUGUGUGUGUGGGACGUGAGGAAGACAAGAACGUUAUAAGAGAACUUUUGGAAAAAUUAAUUGGCAAUAUUGCAAAUGGAAAUAUCAAAAAAGUCGAAAAUGCAGAUGAUUCCAGAAGUCCAUGUCAAACACCAACGCCAUGUACAUGUGUGAGACCGGAACCAACUCUCAGAAUAUGUCCGUUUUCUUUAGGAUAUCCGAACCAACCUACGACGACAGGUAUUAAAAAAGGAGAAACAUGUACACCACAACCUGUCAAAUUGGGUGAACCAAGUACUUCCGGUUACCCCAACAGUAAUACGGUUGGAUGUAAUACAAUAGAAGGGGAACUUAAAAAGGCUCUCAGUGAAACUGUGCAGACUGCACUAACAUUGGUCUUGGCAACGAGAAAUAGAGGAAAAUGCGUAAAAAACUAAGUUUCGUAACCAGAUAUGCCGAAAUCAAGAACUAAGGCCAUGUAAUAAAUAAAAUAUUUAUACAAUUUACGUGUGAAAUAUUGUGAAAAAUAAUAUAAUAAAAUCUUUAAUAAAAACAA